UUAUGAUGUCACAUGUUAUAAUAAAUUUUCAAGUGAACAUUCAAAAUAAAGUACAAAGCGUACAAAUACGGGUGUGGUGAGAGAUCCGACUUGGAUCAUCACUUAUAUCAAUUACCAAAAGAUUUAAAAGUGUGCAGGGAGAGAAUACGGUUUUGCGUGAAGCAUAAGAACAGCAUACCGCUUCUCAAUGUCGGAAGUAAAGAGUGUAGUGUAAACUUAUUUCUACUUUGGAAUUCGUUCUGGAUUAAGUUUGGAACAUACCUGUUGAGGCAUGUUGCUUGUGCAGAGAGUACAAUUCAGAUGGUACAAUGAAUGAAUCAUAAUCAUUGAUGGAUGACACGUUUGAUUUUAAGGGUAUUGAAGAUGCAGAUUCUCCGUAUUUUCCGAGUGAAUGGCAUCACUUACGAAAAAUACAACAGAGGGAUCAUCGAGCAUCCAUGGCGAAAGCUUGAAGGAAACGACAGCGGCGUCGGAAACGUUCGCAACCUACACUGAAUAUCACCCGUUCAUCAUCCCGUUGCUGAAUUUUAUCUUCUUUCUGCUGCAAGCUAUCGAGGCCAACCAGCGCAAGCUGGUGGUAUUCAAAACCUUGUGCGAGCUGUACAAACCUUCGAUAGAGCGAGAUCCGUCCUAUGAAAAGUAUCUGCAAAUGAUCGGUAUGAUUUUUCCUCAUCUAUGCUUGAUCGGUAUGAUGUUCUUUGGAAAAAGCCAGUCGCAAAGACCGCAACACGAGGGCAUCCCAGGAAUUUUCGGUGAUCUACUAAAUCAAGGGCUGGAUGAUGACUUGGACGAUGAAUCGGCCAGUGGUAGCCAUCCCCACAACCAGUCCAGAACGACGGCAGGGUAAACCGCAACAGGCGCAGGUUCUAGUCCGGCAGGUGGUUCUCGUUUGGUUGUUUAAAUUUUCGUGCUUCGUGGCGUUCCAAGAGCCAAGGAUUGUGCAGAAGGCCGCCUAAGCUGAACAGCCCGCGUCAAGCUGAAUCACAAACAUUUUGGACGUGUAUCGUUGUAUAAUGCCUGGUAGUUGAGGACUGAAGUGAUUUUGGAGAAUUUAAGGUAAGUUUGUUUUUUGUUAGAACAAAGCUUCCAUUUUUUCUAGAUUCAAUUCUAUUUGUAAGCAAAAAAUUAAAAUAAAGCUAGUAGUGGAAAUAUAUCAUUUAUACAAAUAAAAACUUACCAGUUUCGUAGCACACUUUAACCGAAGAACCGGAUCGGACCGUAGUGAAAAAUAGAAUAAAUAUCCUUUGAUUGAGGACCUGUAAGUAAAAAAUUAAAGAAAAUUUAUAUAGUGAUGAAAUGCUAGAAAAUAACAUGAAAAUACUUACCUAGGUUGAAACACUGCGAUUGACCAUCCAGAGUAGUACCGUAACGUCACGUAGACUGGUACGGUGAUUGAUUGUGAGUAUCUGUAAAGAGAAGAAAGUAACAAGUAAAAUUAUUAAUAAAUGCAUUAAAUGAUAGGAAAAAUAAGCGGGAAAGGAGUAUACCGUAGAAAGAGUUCAGGAAGGAAGUUUCGUAAGGAAGGAGGAGACUAUUUGAGUAAGUAAUGAUCAUGUAAAUCGUAAACAAAAUUGUAAUUCAAAUGCAUAUUCUAGUUUUUGAGCCACUCCAAAAGUGCAGCUUUGAAAAAUUUAGUCAUCCGAACAUUCUCAAAAAUCAAAUAACGAGAUUUCGGAGGCCUCAACCACGAUGAGUAGCAAAUCCCUGGACUUGACUGCUACCCCCUGCGAACAAUGUGGACAAAUUUCGACGGAGAAUGAGGCUAUGAUUGCCUGUGAUAACUGCGACCGCUGGUAUCACACGCGCUGCGUGGGUGUAAAUACGGUGCCGAAAAAGGACAAGAAGUGGUUCUGUCCGGAUGCGUCGUGCCAAGCAGUUUGUCAGGAAAAGCUGAAGAAGACCCGUGAGAAAAAAAAUGCCACUCCCAUUCCUCCAACCGUCGCCGAGAAGCUAAAAGCUAUGGAAGCGGAAAGGAAACGUAAGGAGGAGGAAAUGGAAGCCGAAUGGUUGAUCAAGCAGAAGGAGUUGGAAAUCAACAACGCACUGAAGGAGAAGCAAAUGCACCUAGAGCGAAUGUUACGCGAAAAGCAGCUGGAAGCCGCCAGGGACUUGCGCGAAGUGGAAAUGGAGGAAAAACGUACGCUAUUCGAAGCGGAAUUGCGGGAAAAACGAAUGCACUUCGAGCAAAUGAAGGCGAUGGAAGACGAGCAUCGCGAGAAAAUCUCCGAGCUGGAAAGGCGUAUGGAGAAGAUAGAAGUACAGGAAAAGUCGAAGAUUAAAAAUCAGAAACCCAGAGGCCAAGACGACCAAGCAACUACCUCGAAGCAAUCUCCGGAGGGAAUAAAGCCUGGCAAGCUUACGAAGGAAAAUCUCGAUCGCCUCGAGAAUAUCAACAGUGGUGUCGAGAGUGAUGAAGACGAUUACAGCUCCGAUGAUUCCGAUUACGACGACGAGGAAAAAACCGUCGACUUGGAAGGCGAUAGGAAAAGCCAGAUCAGCUCUCAAAACGGGCAGGGGCACCAGCGUGCCGGGCCGAGUAAAGCCCAGUUGAGCGCCAGGAACGGGCUCACUAGAAAACUUCCCACCUUUACCGGAAAACCGGAAGAGUGGCCUUUGUUUUUCGGGGCCUACCAAGCGUCAAACGAAGCUUGUGGCUAUUCGGAUGUAGAGAACUUGGUGAGACUCCAGGAAAGCUUAAAGGGUGCUGCACUCGAGUCGGUUCGCGGACAACUACUGCUCCCUAAAUCGGUUCCGAGGGUAAUCGCGAAGCUGCGACAGCUUUAUGGCCGCCCUGAGCAACUGCUUCAAAACCAUCUCGAGAAGGUUCGUAAGUUGGAUUCGCCGAAAACCGACCGGUUGGCCAGUUUUAUCCCCUUCGGAAAUGCAGUAGAGCAGCUCUGCGAGCAUUUGGAGGCUGCUGAGCUCACACUGCACCUUGUGAAUCCAAUCCUGAUUCAGGAUUUGGUCAAUAAGCUCCCGGACGGAGAAAAGCGACAGUGGUUGCACUACAAACGGAAGAAGAAGGAGGUGACGCUGCGAACGUUCACGGAUUUCAUCUCCAAGAUUGUGUCCGAUGCAUGCGAGGUGAACGUCAACUACGAUUAGAAGCCGGACACCAAAGCUGCAGUUGGU